GCUUUUGCUUGGUAUCUUUCCUAUCAGUUAGUUGCCUUCGGUCGCUUGUCGCUGGCAGUUGAUCGUCUGCAUUGCCCGCCGUUGCCCAAUCGCUGAUAAAUAUUUCUGACUUCGCAACGUUAUCGCAUUUUGGGUUUUGAGUGUCUACUAUAAAAAACCUUGUCGUCGCCAUGUCGCUGCUGGUGGUGCUAUUGAUACUGUACAUCAUCUGGGAUGUUAACUAUUUUAUACGCUGCGUUUGCACGGUGCUCGCCGGCCGGCUGUUCCAGGGCAAGCGCAAGGUGACAGAUGCGACAACCAUUUAUGGCCUGUGCACCACGCAGGAUGUGGACAUCUUUUUGCGGCACAUGAACAAUGCGCGCUAUUUGCGCGAACUGGACUUUGCCCGCUUCCAUUUCUAUGCGCUGACCAAUCUCUAUGAGCUGGUGCGUCAGCGCGGCGGCGGCGCCGUCCAGGGUGCCAGCAGCGUGCGGUAUCGCCGCACCAUACCCAUAUUCCAUCCGUACAAGAUCCAGACGAGGCUCGUCUGGUGGGAUGACAAGGCCAUCUAUUUGGAGCAACAGUUUAUAACACUGGCCGAUGGCUUUGUGCGCGCCGUUGCCCUCUCCAAGCAGUGCAUCACCAAUUGCAAUGUCAGCGAUCUGCUCAAGACGUAUCCGGAGGCCGCCAAGCGGCCGGAGAUGCCGGACGAUUUAAAGCUCUGGCUGGAGGCCAUCGAGGUAUCCAGCCAAAAGUUGCGCAAAGAGAAAUGAGCCCCAGAAAAUGGCUCGUUAGCGUCUCUGCUCAAGCGCAACUCGCUCUCACUCUCUCUCUCUCUCCAUCUUUCGCUUCUUUUAUCAUAGCGCUCUUUACUUUAGUUUCUUUGCUUUCAUUUUUCAUUGACUGUGUUUUUUUUGUUUUUUCAUUUGCAUAAAUAAAGAAAUUUGUUGUAUGAGGCUAAAAAAUGUGAAUUUUUAGUGCAACAAUAGCGUAACGUCAUCUCACGUUACGUAACGCCUUAACGUCACGUAAGCGAAUAACGCACAGCAGCUGUGUUGUUCCUUGUUUGCUACGUUCUAAAUGCAUUACCCAACACACAAGGUUUUUAGUUACGUGACGUAAUAAUGAUACGCAAUCAGUUUUGCGUUACAUUACCGUAAUUUGUGCGUAACGUUACCGUAAGCUCACGCACAUGUGCACAGCUGUUUUGUAAGCUUUGAAGCUCCAGCGCUUUUUCGCACAAAUACAACUUUAUGCGCCCAAUAAAUAAAUAAAUAUUGCCUAAAAAUAAAAAACUUAA